CUCGCAUCUUCGCCCUCCCCAACCGGAUUACUCGCCCUUCCGUCGUUCCUCUCCGCUGAAAUUGCUCAUCAUGGGUUGGCUCCCCUGGUCUUCCGAUUCCCCCGACGCCCCAAAGGCCUCCGACGGCGGCCGCAUAGCUCCGGAUCGGUCGUCGCGAAAGCGCUGCUGGGAAGGUCGUGACCUCUUCUUUUCCUGUCUCGACGACAACAAUAUUCUGGACGCCAUCAAGGAUGAUAAGGAAGCGCGUCGCAAAUGCGGCAAGGAGAUUGCAGAGUUCGAGACGGCUUGUUCGCGGACAUGGGUCAAAUACUUCGAAGAGAAACGUGUGAUGGAAUAUAACCGAGACAAGACGAUCGAGCGGAUCAAGCAAGAGGAUGCGGCCAAAGUCCAAGAUUUGAAGCAGGGGCGGGCGUCGAAAUGAACAGACGUCUAAAGCUGAGAAGGGACAGGAAAAUGAAAAGAGGCUUGUUGUGCCCAUAGACCGGACAGGUUCUUGUACAAUAUCACCACUGCUCCAUUCAUAAUGAAAUCAAAGGCUACCCUAAGCUCA